AGGCAGCCCUGUGGAGUUCUCACAGCCGCCAGUGUGUGUUUCCGCUCACCUAAAAUAAAGAGCUGGCGAGUAGAAGAGGACAAGGAGUGACGGAGCAGGGAGACGGGACCUCGACGGCUAAAAACCUCCAUUCUACCUUUAUUUUUCAUACUUAGUGAGCGGGAGUCGUCUUUAAAACUGCUUUUAAUGUCUCGAAUGUGAACUGGGGGAGAGGAGGGCUAACCGCUGUUAACCUUUACGUUGGUUAAGCCGUAGAGGACUCUCGCUGGUUGUCGGAGGAAAAGAUGUGCGAUGGAAUGGUAGCGUUUCCGACGAGAGCCCCGUCCUCCUCUUCUGGUGCCGCCUCCUCCUCUGUAGCCCACAGACUGGCUGCCUCUGCACUUCUCCUCCUCUUCCUCCUGCUCCCUCAUGGUCACGCAUCAGGUUGUGCGCCUCCACACGGAGUGCAGCAUGGAAGCCUGCUGAACCAGACCGAGUCCAACCAGGCCUCCUAUCCUCCUGGCUCCCAGCUUACAUACGGCUGUGAUCCAGGAUACACACCAGAUGGACAGGCUACCAUCUUUUGCACCAGCCAGGGAGCUUGGUCCAGUCCACCUCCAAACUGCAUCAAAAACUAUGUGUGUUCACCACCCCCUGAACCAGAGAACGGAGGCUACCGCUGUCACCCGACUCCCUGCCACCACCUCGUCCAUAACACCGUCAUCGAGUACUUUUGUGACGAGGGAUACACGAUGAAGGGAGACUACAAAUACCUCACCUGCCUGGAUGGCGAGUGGGACAGUCACAUGCAGAUCAGCUGCAGACUCACACAAGACAAGGAGCCCAGCUUGCCUUUGGGGAUGCCAGCUCUGUCCAUCGUCUUGACCACAGCUAGCUCUGUGUUACUCAUCCUGCUCUUAGUCGUGCUGUUUGUUCUAGUACAGCCGAAACUCAAGUCCUUCCAUCACAGCAGGAGGGAGCAGGGCGUCUCAGGUCAGAGCAGCUCCAUUAUGGUGGAGGGCGUCCAGGUGUCGCUGCCCUCCUAUGAAGAGGCUGUAUAUGGAAGCAGUGGCCCCUCUGGUGCUCCUCCUUCUCCACCUCCACCUGUAGCUCCAUCAGAGUCCCGGGUCCCCAUAGUACUCUCCGAGGGGCUUCCUCAGGGAGCCACAGGGGGCCAAAACUCCAGCAGGAGCUGCCAGCACAGAGAAUUAGACUUCUGUUUGCCAUCAACAUCAUCAUCCUCCUACUCCUCCCACCGUCACGCAGAGACAGUGUUGGUUCAUCAGGCCCCCUCGUCCUCCUCUUCAUCUUCAUGGGCCAGAGAGCCCCUUGUUGGUGCUUGUGCAGGCCCCCAACCUCGUAGAGACUCAGAGAGCAGCGACCAGCACAGCCUGCUUUCUGUGGCAUCUGUAGAUGAGUUUGCUGACGAUAUCCCUCUGUUGAAGGAAGCAUGAAGCCUGUGGCCCGCUAUCAGCAGCAGCAGCAGCUCUUUUGCCUAUCUGUCGCUACUGUCUGGAACUGACUGUGGCUAUCUAUUUACUUCCCGAAACUCUCCUCCGUUCUCCCAGCAGCCAGCAGAGAAAAGGGCUGGAACAGUGCUCAAUUUCCUAGCAAUCCUCCUACUGCUAUUAGCAUUUCCAAGCAAAGCCAACAACCAGUACGAUUACAGCAAGAAGAGCAAUGUUGGACCCACAUUCUGGAUGAGACCGAGGAAAGGCCAGAUGCAUUAAGUGGAAACAUAUUGACGUAAAUUCUGUAGAUCCUGUGAAUAAAAGUAAUUACUGAGUCAGGAUUGUUUAUCAUACAUAUUACCAUGGACUUGCCUCUGGCCCAGUGUAGUUAUCUGUAUUCCCACUACGAGUUUUUUUUUUUUUUUUUCCCAAAAAAAGCUCAUCAGCUCUGUUCAGGAUUUCUGUUGAUGUUUUCAAAAAAAAAAAGGAAAAAGUUUAACCGGUGAAUUUUGGCUCUUAAAGCUUUGGCGCUCAGACCGUCUUCCCGCUGUACUUCAGAAGUCGUGAGUCAUGCCUGACUUCCUUGUGGCCCUCUGCAAAUGCUGCAUGUUGUUUUUCAGUUUAAUGCUGUCACGGCACACUGAACGAAGCAUGAAUCCUCCUCUCUCUUUCUCUUGCCGUGAGUUCAUCAUCGCCGUCUGGCAAACGGAUUAUCAGGAGUGACAACCAUGUCACAAAAGCUAAAAGCGGCGCGCUGCAUUUCGUCGAGCACCAUAUCACAACUACAAAAAGAUCUGCUUCUCUAUUUGUUCCCGUCCCGCUGCUGCCGUAUCUAGACGCAUGAGGGGGAUCGAUUGGUGCCUCGGCUGCGCAUCUUACAGUUUUUGUACAAGGGGGGUGAAGUGAGAGAGGCCUGUUGUUGAACAAAGAGAUUGAAGGGUUAUCUAAACUUUAACGUUCUUAUCAGUUAAUUUUCUCCUCUCUGUAUUUAUUGUUUGUGUGUGACUGUUUGCUUUGAGUUGCUGAAUCUGAGCGCGUGUAUUUCUUUUUUUUUUGUUUUGUUUUGUUUUGUUUUAUGUAACCAGACAGGAGAGAACAGUCCUGAUAUGGUAGGCCUUGAUACACCCCUUUCCUGGUUUGUAUGUGGGCCGAUCGAGGCCGUCCUGACAACGCCCCAGUCUUUCAUCAUAGGAAAAUAUCCCUCCCAACACUUUAAAAAAAAAGUCACAUGGACAAUCUAGCUUCACUUCUACCAUUGUUUUUUUUUUUCAACACAAUGUGGGUAUUAUUUAUCCGCUCUGAAGCUAGAAAAUUUUCCCCCUCCCCCGUAUGGCUGUAAAUCGCCCCUAUCCUUAAAGGAACUGGCUCUCAUCCGUUUUCAUGCUGAAAUAAACACUCUCCACUGUUGUAAAAUUGUGGAAAACAAACUGCAACUGGUUGCAGUAAAAUAAAGAGGAAAGAAAUAAAACGUUUGACAGCAAUAUACCCUCCAUCACAUCAGCUCAGUCCUCUAACACCAAGUGCAAAUAAAAGAUAGAAAACAUGUCCUUCUGUUAGAAUUCAUCAUCUGUUUUUAUUGACACUUGAAAAGCCUUGUUGCUUGAGUCAGUCACCCUGGAAACGGCAUGGCUCAGACCAACGCUGAUGAUUACUUUCUUUCUUAGCUUUGAAAACACACAGACUCACAUGAAAUCUAAAAUAUUUUCUUGUUUUCUUUUUUUGGGGGGUGGGGGGUGCUGUCUGUGGCUUCAUAAUUCAUGCAAACAAAAUGUUGCCUUAGAUUACAUUUUCUUUUCUUUUUAAUAUGUAUAAUCUUAAGCCUCCAAAUUGAUUGCUUUACAGUUUUAGAUUUCUUUUUCUCCAAUUGCCUUACUCUAUUUUUUUCUAUUCUAUGCAUAAAACAGUUUUAUUUAUCAAUGUGUUUUAUUUCUGUUGGCAAAAGUAAAAGAAUAUCUCUGUCUGUCCCCCCACCCCCCCGAUUACCACCAACUGUGAUAAAGAUUAUGAUAAUUAUAACAAUGAGCCUAAAAGAACCUAUAUUUCAUUGCCUUUUGGCUUCUUUUGCCGUAAGACUUAAUGUUUUUAAGACGACUGGAGGUUUAAAAAAGUUUCUAAAAAGCACUGUUGUACGGUGUUUAUUCCCCCAGAGAUAACAGGUUCAAAUGUCCCAUCUGGAUUCUUGAUUUCCAUGCUUUAAGCUUUGUUCUUUUCUCUCUGUACAUGGCAGUGGGUGUGAAGAUAGUAAUUUAAUAUUUGUAUAAAGUUUAAUUUAAUUUUACAGUCUGUAUAUAACUUUCUAAUUAAAGCUUUCUUUCAAAUGUG